AGUAACAGCCCUACCAGGCUCAUUUCUCUAAAGAUACUCAAGGGAGCAACAUGUUCUUAUACUGUGUCUCCCAUUCCCGAGAUUCAGGCCUCCACACACACCGGGCUGACAGCAUGUGGCAGUGCUGGAGGCACUGGGUCAGCUUUCAUCACCGACACCACUGGACAUUUGCCUGGAAGAAGCCCAAGAAUGAAACCAAGAUGGCCAUGAACCAAGAAAAGACAGGCUACACCUUCCUGCAAAACUACCGCAAGUGUGACAGUACCCUGCAGCUUCAUGACCAGCUCUUCAUGAAAUAUGGAUGCAUCAUUCCUUAUUCAAUGGAGGACAGCGGUCCCCAGGACCAACUAAAAAACCACAGGGCCAUCUGGUACUGCACAGUUAUCUCCACCAGGGAGCCAGCCCAGCCACAGCACCCACCCCAGAGGCUUCGUUCAAGGCCACUAAGAUGUCAGCCCACGAUGAAACCACAUUCCCCUGCAUCUAACCUUCACAUGAGGCUCCAAAGACCAUUCUCACCACUGACCCUGAUGCCACAAUCCUUCACUGAGGAGCCUUCUUUACCACCCCCAGUGAGUGCUGUUGAUUCUGCAGCAGAUUCUUUGCUGAGGCAGCCCCUAGCACAACCCCCCUGGAGCCUAACCCCUUCUGCUGCUCUCAGAGGCCAUAAAUGCUGCCCAGGGUCUGGCUCCAGCCACCCCUCCAUGAUCUCUGUGCUUCACUGCCCCUGUUGUAUCCUGAGAGCCAGAAAACUUCUUUUUGUUACUUUUUCCCCUUAUUUUUCUUUCUUUAGUAUUUCCCAUGACUCCUUUUAUUUUCAGUAG